CAGUGGAACAUCUGAAGGAAUAUUGGAGACUACGGUCUCAGUUGUAUUUCUUCUUGGCGGAUUAUCAUACACCUUGUCCACGCCAUGCGGAGUAAUGGUGUGGUUUCUUUGCCGAAGACACGGUAUAUGAGGCUUCUUGUAUUACUUGACUGGUCAACGAUAGAUAGACUUAUGAGUGCCACUUAGAGUUGCUUUAGAUCCAGGCAUUGUGUUCCAUCACGUACCUACCUAAUAGGUAUCAACUUAGAUACCCUUCGAGAUGCCUGAGCUUAUUAGCAUAGUACUGGGAAUUCUAUUACUGCUUCUUCCUAUUUGGGCAACCUUAUUGGACAAGAAGAAAUCAUCAAAGAACUUGGAACACCCUCCACGACUCGGAGAGACAAUUCCAUUCUUCACCAAUGGCUGGCAGUUUAUGACUAACAAAAGGCGCUUUAUUGAGCGUGUAAAAGAAGCCCUAAGCCAGACACCCAUUGUACAGUGCCAGCUCGGUCCGUUGAAGAUUUACCUGAUUACGGGCGGCAAUAAUGUCUCUACCAUCUUCCGAUCGUCAUUCACAUCGGAACCGUGGAUCCUGAGCAUACUCGAGAAUGCGGCAGGAUACACACCAAAGGAUAUGUCAAAUUUCUAUGCAGACAGGUCAGGUGCUACUGCUCUGCCGCGCCGGGUAAGCGAUGGGCGACCUCCCCCGGAAAAGCGUAUCUGGUACGAAAGCCAUCGCAUGCACGACGAGACCUUGAUUGGUGCCCGUCAAGUCAAUGCCUUCGGCACGUCUUUCCAGAAAUUCUUUGCCCAGGAGCUGGCUGUUUUCCCCGUCAAUGAAUGGGUUGAGAACAUUCGGAUUGCCGACUUUUUCAAAUCAAAUAUGGUAGCUGCAGCGACAAGAGCAGUAAUGGGUCCAAGCAUUAUCGAUCUCAAUCCCGACUUCAUAGAUACCUUCUGGCAAUACGAGAAGGUUCCUGAAGUGCUGGCCUUCGGUCUUCCAACUUGGCUUAAUAGACGAGACGUGCGUAUCCGGGAUAAGUUCAAUAGCAUGUGUCGUAAAUGGUAUGAACUCGCUGAUCGUGAGUUCGACUUGACUGGUCCGGAUCAGGGGGUCGACUGGGAGCCAGUGUUUGGUACCCAGGUCUCAAAAGGAUUGGCCCGGUGGGCAAAGGAUUUCAACUUCGCUACUGAGAGCAUCGGCGGCGCUUUUGCCUUGUUUCUUUAUGGAGUACACGCCAACGCUAUUCCCGUUUGUACCUGGGUUAUGCUUGAACUGCUCAAAGAUCCUAUCUUGUACCGAGCAGUUAAGAGCGAAGUUGAGCAGGCAAGAAGCGCAAAUCAGACUGAUGGUAUAUACCUAGAUCAGGAGAAAGUUACGUCUCUGCCGCUACUGCAAUCGGUAUUCACAGAAGUAAUGCGCCUCCACGUAGGGGUUCUGAUUACUCGAACAUCAACAGAACCUGUCACAAUUGCUGGAUAUACCUUGCCCAAAGGAUCUGUAGUCCUAGCUCCGACUGAAGUUGCUCAUCUUGACGAGUCUGUCUGGGGUAAGCCAGACCAUCCAGCCUCAGAAUUUUGGGGUUACCGCCACGUGAAAGAAGUAGAGACAAUGAAUGAAAUGGGCCAUGUUACUAAAGCAUUGGAAUUUUCCAUCGCUGGCAAGUCGGGGUCAUUCUUUCCCUACGGCGGCGGUAUUUCUAUAUGUACUGGACGCUAUUUUGCCAAUGCAGAGGUACUACUUGCGAUUUCCAUGAUUCUCUCGAGGUUUGAGGUAGAAUUUAUAGAGUGGGUCAUGCCAGAUGGGUCACAUUCAGACCGGCCUGCUUUGGAUGACAUUGAAUACGCAAAUGCGGUGGCGUCACCCCCCGAUAGGGAUAUGAAGGUUAGGUGGCGGAAGAUGUGGUAGGAUUAUGGUAGGCGUAAUGAAUAUCACAUUGAUUCGUACCUAGAAAGAAAACUGAUUACGAAGGUUCGGGCCAAAAGUUUGGACCUAGAUACCUAGUAAGCAGCUAUCUCAUACUGUAUCAGGUUUAGGCUAGAACCGCUACCUGAUAGCGAUCUAUUCACUAAAUUCUAGUGGGUGAUCGCUAUAACUUA